AUGUUGGAGGAUCUCACGGUAGGAAAUGAAACUCCAACGGAAUCGAAUAAUACCGCAUCCGGUCAACCAAUAUCAUCACCGCGACCAGCAUACGCUUCCAAGCUACCCGAGCUAGAGGAAACCGUGGUCGAAGUAGCAGAUGGCACCGUAGAAAGCAUUCCCUUUUCAUUGAAAGAAAAGAUGAAUUUUUUCGAUAUGAGCCAGGUGAAAAGCAUUCAGGAUCACCUACAGGAUGAAGUGGAUAAAAUACGAUCCAUGAGAAAUGAACUGGAAGAUCUGAAAAGGGAAACGCUAAAAUUGUCCCGUAUUCGCAGUGAACAAUCCACGACGGGUCUUUAUCAGAAUCAAUGCUUUCGGAAUCUUGAGGCUCAACUAGACUCACUCAAAGAGGAACUCCAAACGGAAUCGGAAUUACGCGGACGGGUUGAAAGUGAACUGAAAACGGUGUUGGAAGAUUUGACCUUCUACAAAAAUGCCUCAAAAUCGGAUGCAGAUGAACGAAGAAUGAGGGAAAUCCGAGAACACUAUGAGUCUUUACUGGAACAACACAGAGACGGUACACUACGAGGGGAUAAAUUGGAGCGGAUCGCCAUGCAUUCAGUUCGCAACGGAGGCAACAAUAGAAACGAAGUUGAAAACAAGCGUCCAGAUGUAGAAUUAAUGGAUACAGAACAGUUUGAUCAUAAGCUCAAACGAGACUAUCUGGAUGCGAUCGAUAUCAUUAAAAAGCUGGAAAGUAACCUAUCCGAUUUACAGGAACGAUAUGAUGCUUCUUGUCAAAUGGCCAAAGAAUCUUUCCAGAAGGUCUCGGAGUCAAUCGAACUGGCCAAGACGGCUGCGGAUGAAAGAGAUGCUGCCACUCUGGCACAGUCCAAUGCGGAGCACGAAUUGAAUAGACUGCAGAAAGUUAUUGAAAAGUUGGUGGACGAGGCUGGACAAAGGACAGCGGAGGAGGUGGAAAAAGAAAGGAUCAAACAGGAGCAUGAGAUUGAAACUCUAAAAAGUGCUCAAACAAAAGCCGGUCAGUGCGAAAAUAUUCAACCGGGCAAACUGGAUCCUCGAUUAGAAAGUGCUUUGCAACGGGCACAUUGCGCGGAACAACAGCGAGAUGAGCUGAAACUUCGUCUGGAGACAGCUGAGACUUCAUUCGAACGAAAUUUGGCUACAAAGCAGUCUGAGAUUCAAAAACUUCAGGAAGAAGUCAAAUCUCUGAAAGAGCGUCUGGAAUAUGCGGAAUCUCAACGAAAUACCAUGGAGGAAAGAUUCAAACGCCAACUGGAAGCACUGAGCUUGGCAGAAAACCAGGCUUUGGAGGCGAAACGUCAAGCCAAUGCUGCCCAACGAUCUGCCCUGCAACAAGUGCUUACGGCUAAUCAAACUGUCGAACUGAACAAUGUUGAAUCAAAAAGACGAAUAGAGGCAAUGGACAAAGCCAAUCAGACUAGUGUACAGCGUUGGCAAGAAAUGUUGACGAAACAGCACACUCUAGCAGCUCAAUGGCGAUCUGAGGCCGAGCAUCUGGCCGAGCAAAUGGAAGAGCAGGGUAUCGCUCUUCGAGGCGCAUUGGAAAAGGAAAGAUCACGUGUGGAUCAGCUGAGAAAACAAAUUGCCUCUUUGGAACAUCAGCGCAAGGCAGAAGUGAGCUCACUUAUCGAUUAUUAA